AUCCGCGCUAUCACGCCGUAUAAUCCAUGGAAGGAAAACAGUUUCAAAUGAAAAGCUGUGCGUUUUCUUCAGUCAAAUUCACGCCGUGCUUGACGAGACCAAGAAAAACACUCCCCGAGAAUAAACAAAAAGGAUUACAUAACUUCAAAGACGAUGGGACCCGGGCAAAUGAUUCCUCAAGAGAAAAAUGCCGGCUUGGUAUAAAACCAUGUUUGCUCACUGUAAAUUGUGACCAAUAGAAAUGGUUGUAUUUAACUAGAAGCCUUCAGGCUCUGCCUCUGUUAACGUCAGCUGCUCCUCAACUGAGAAAGCGCCAGUAAAAAAACUUGCGUCAUUAAAUCAGUAAUGUAUGUCAGAAUUCUCACACGGCCCUCCUAACAGUUUAGCAGAACUUUUGGAACCCAACGGUUACCCCGAGAUGCUUCCAAGUCCCGCAGCAUCGAAUACACCAUUCUCUGUAAAGGAUAUUUUAAAUCUAGAACAUCACCAGCAAAAGCAGCCGAGUCCAGAUCUCCUGAGCAUAUCUUUGGACGCUCUACCUUCUUCUUGCAUGUUGGAGCCAGGCAAUCAGGCCAAAUACAGGCCUAGCCAAGGCCUUGGAGCUGAGGUAAUCAAAUUCCUUGACCAAAGGAAUCAUGCAACACUUCCAUCUAGUCCGGAUAGAAACAAUGCCCAGCACUCCGGCGAACUGCGGGUGGACUUCUCUCUUCAAAACGACCUCCAAGACCCGGAACCAAAAUCGAUGGAAAAGAGAAUUAUACCAGAAGGGAAGAAAAAUGAAGAUUUCGAAGUUCCAAUGCGGAGGAUUCGCCGAAAACCGCGGAUCUUGUUUUCUCAAGCCCAGGUCUAUGAAUUGGAGAGACGAUUCAAGCAGCAAAGAUACUUAUCCGCCCCUGAGAGAGAUCACCUGGCAAACGUAUUAAAACUUACUUCGACCCAGGUCAAGAUCUGGUUCCAGAAUCGCAGAUAUAAAUGCAAACGGCAGCGACAGGAUAAACACUUAGAGUUUAGUACAUCCCCUCCUGCUCCUCGCCGAGUUGCAGUGCCUGUGUUGGUUCGUGAUGGAAAGUCUUGUCUGGGAGCACCCCCUUCGUACGGAACGCCAUAUAAUGUCAGCGUCGCCCCAUACAGCUACAGUAUUUAUCCCAGCUGCAGCCCCGGCACCUGUGAGGGAGAUUACAGUUGCAUGUAUUCGAGCAUGCCUCCGGUGCAACAAAGUGCGUCUGUCAGUCCCUUUGUCAAUAUGGGCAUGAAUUUCAACGUUGGCAACGUGAGUUAUCCUGCAACACCGUCUCAAGGCCACCAAGGCUCAGGGGUCUCGGCUUUGCAGGGAAACUUCCAUGGGAUCAGAACUUGGUAAAAGUUAUAGCUGGCCUACACUAGCAAAAUUGAAGAGGCAGUGGAGUCGAUGACUUCAGCACAAAUGCGAACAAUUUUCAGUUUGUGAUUGGAGAGAUGCAUUCUUUUGGAAUGGUAAGAAUUUUGAAUAAAAUGUGUGAGGAAAAAAACGUAUUAUUUAUUAAAUUAGUUUAAUUAUUUUAAAGGGUUGGUAUUUAGUAACGCGUGUGCGUGCACGACAUAUAUGAUUUCCAAAAUAAGAAGGCUGGGUUAUAAGUUCAUCCUAGACCGAUGUUUUUGGCUCAGGACCGUAUACAAUAUUUUUAAAAGUGUAUCUCUUGGAAUUGCCAUCUCGGUAUCAGAAAUAUUUUUGUAACCUUCCAUCCGUUAAUAAAACGAUGCGUUAAGCACAUAUUAAAACGACUGGAGGUAAUAUUCUUUAAUUGAAAAUGUCAUGUUUAUAACCCAGCAGCUAUGGAUAAAAGCUUUCUGGGAGACAUUACUCUCCAUGAUUCAGACGAACGUAAAUUUGAAAGUGCUAAUUAAUAGUGCCUACAUUCCCAUCUCAGUUGACUCAGAAUCGACAGCCGAAUGCAUUUGGAAAUGUCACAGUUGGGCACGAACGGCACCACGUACAGUACCAUUAUAGUGUAUAUUUAUGCCCUUCCGUUCUCUCUAUAGAGUCGUGUUGUAUAAUUCGCCUGCAUUGCACAUUCUGACACAUCUCACUGGCAACCUUAU